GGUUUGGUAGAGGCUGGGAUCUUGCCUAAUCGAUUACUGUGUCUAGACAUCAACGCAUAAUAUCCUUCUACCACUCUCCGAGCCUUCCGUGCCCCCCGCGCGUGUGUGUUCGUUACUGCGACUUCCACGCGAGCGCAGCCCCGGCCCCGUCACAAUACUUUCACGAUAUUUUUUGCGGAUGAUGAGAGUACGGCAUAUACCGAUUUUCACACAACGAAACCAUCCAUUAUGAAUUCAACCCAGGAAUGCGGCGAGCCUCUGACCAUAGAACAUGAAAUCACCCUUCAGUGGUUUACCGAAUCGAUCGGUUUCAGACUCAAAUCUGAUUUGAUUCGUGUUGGCUUUCUGGAGGGUGCGAGCCCUUACGCCGACUCACUCUCUGGGGCCAUGGAGUAUCUCAGGAACCUUCGAAGCCAGUGGAACACCGGAAAAUUGGGACUUCCCUCUAACUGGAUGUUCUCCAAAGCUCAGCUCGAACAGCCAAUAAUAUCCCUCCUUGAGGAAGAAGGCCCUUUUGUGUCCCAAUUAAUGGUUGGCGCUACAUUGGCACCCAUUCAGCACAUGCUAUCACCACUCACACCUGAAGAAGUUGAUUCGCGGUACGACUCGCCCGUAGAUUUACAACCCGACUUUUUACUAUCCACCGCCCGCGUGUUCUUUCAACCUCACUGGACAACAGACGAGAGACGUCGCCGAGUGAUUGGUUACUUGAAUCGCGAUACGAGAUACGCUUCGAGCCAGCUCCAUUCAUUGCUUAUGCAUAACGGGGGCGACGUAUCCUUUGGUGAUAUGGUCAUACAUCCUCAGUUGUGUUUCCCAGAAGAAUUUCAGCCUUCUCAGCCGCCGGACCGUAUCCAUUUUUGCAUUGUCAGGCAUCUCAUCACACCACUGAUGGCUGACUCAAAGCGGGUUGAUCAACAUCUCCCCGUGUCUUUUUCCAACCCUGCUUUAAUCACAGGUGCCUUCGAAUCUGGCAGCGAGUCGGUGUCAUCCGAAACUCUUGAAAAUGUCUUUCAUGUGGUCCGCGGUAGUCUGGCGAGCUUAAUGUUGGCGUCGUUCGUGCGACAACUAACCUCACCCCGGGGGAGUGGAUUCUGGUCGAAAGUCGGGUUGUCUCACGCUCCUAGCAUUCAUUCCAUUCUGGGACGAAGCCUCAGGAGAGUAUCUCAUAGCAUCCUCAGAAUUGGACACAUUCCGCUUCGGGCAGUAUCCACCAGAGGAGGAUCAAACCGAAGAACUCAUGACUGGCCCGAACUCUCCUUAUCUCGAACGUGUCCGGCUGUUUCUUGCGUUGAAAACCAUAUCAAAGCAUGCAUUCCGACUGUGUGACAUCUUUGAUGCUCCGAUGUCAUGGCCACCCUUUGAUGUUCGUGAAACAGAACAGAAGUGGCACCUUCUCUAUCUUCCAGAGGAUAGACGCACAGAGGCGCUGGAUGAUACCUCCCACUUCGAUAUCAGAGAAGCGGAGGCCUAUGCUCAGGAGGAGGAGGCUGAAGAACUGGAUGAGGACGGCAUCUAUGAUCUCAGCAGUAACUCCGAUACGGACGAAACUUCCAUCUCCACAACCACUGAUCCUAGCCUUGCUUACCCACCCGUUGACACUACCCCCAUUGGAACCUGGCUGGACGCAGUGUGGACCAAAGAGUGACAGCCCUCGGAGGGGCCUCAAUGACUUUGGCGGUCAUCCUGGAACCUUAUCUCAGUCCAUUUUUUUCAUACUCACCCCGCGCUUUCCUCGAAUAUCUGAUCUUCAUUAUGUUC